AUGCCUUCCCAAUCGCCAGCUCUCUCUGAACGCAGUGGGUAUUCGAGCUCCGGUGCUAGUUCCGCCUCAGCCAGUGCGUAUUCAGGCUCGAGAGUCGGUUCAGGUUCUCCUCCGCAGGUGGCCAACGGGCAUUUCCCGAGUGGAGGCAACAACCCUUCGCCUGGGUAUAGAACAGCAAGUUACAGUUCAAGGGGACGAUAG